AUAUCAACUAUACCUGUUAGUCGUUACGUGCUAGAGUUUCGUAACGAAAGCAGAAUGCCUGACCAUCUCGGUGGCGAUAUGCGUCGCGUCAAAGACAACGGCGAAGAGGAAAAAAUACAGACUCUCGACGACGGAGAUAUUGCUCUUUUGAAGACAUACGGUGUUGGAGCGUAUACGAAGGCAAUAAAGAAGGUGGAGAAGGAUAUCGAGGAUUCUGUGAAGAAAGUGAACGAAUUAACAGGCAUCAAAGAAUCUGACACGGGAUUGGCCCCACCGGCAAUGUGGGACCUUCAAGCAGACAAGCUUGCUCUCCAGCAAGAGCAACCGUUGCAAGUAGCUCGCUGUACAAAAAUUAUCAACUCUGGCGAGUCUGGAGAAGAAGCUCGAUACAUUAUUAAUGUGAAGCAGUUUGCAAAGUUUGUCGUUGAAUUGAGUGAACGUGUUGCACCAACAGACAUUGAAGAGGGCAUGAGAGUUGGGGUUGAUCGUGACAAAUAUCAAAUUCACAUCCCCUUACCACCCAAAAUCGAUCCAACUGUGACUAUGAUGCAAGUGGAAGAAAAGCCAGAUGUCACAUACACAGACGUUGGUGGUUGCAAGGAACAGAUCGAGAAGUUGAGAGAAGUAGUUGAGAUGCCCAUGCUGCAUCCUGAAAGGUUUGUCAAUCUUGGGAUCGAUCCACCAAAAGGGAUGCUUCUUUACGGUCCUCCAGGAACAGGCAAAACAUUGUGUGCUCGUGCAGUAGCAAAUCGCACCGAUGCAUGUUUCAUCAGAGUGAUUGGCUCAGAGCUUGUUCAAAAGUAUGUAGGAGAAGGAGCACGCAUGGUUCGUGAGCUGUUUGAAAUGGCCCGCACCAAGAAAGCAUGUAUAAUCUUUUUUGAUGAAAUUGAUGCCAUCGGUGGAGCACGGUUUGAUGAUGGAGCCGGCGGUGACAACGAAGUGCAACGGACUAUGUUGGAACUGAUCAAUCAACUGGAUGGCUUUGAUCCAAGAGGAAACAUCAAGGUCCUGAUGGCUACAAAUAGGCCAGACACGCUCGAUCCUGCAUUGAUUAGACCCGGACGAUUGGACAGAAGAGUCGAAUUUUCCCUGCCUGAUCUCAAGGGAAGGACACAGAUUUUCAAGAUUCAUGCCAGGUCGAUGAGUGUUGAAAGAGAUAUCCGUUAUGAGCUACUAGCCAGGCUUUGCCCUAAUACCACAGGUGCUGAUAUUCGAAGUGUUUGCACUGAAGCUGGAAUGUAUGCCAUUCGAGCAAGAAGAAAGGUGGCUACUGAGAAGGAUUUCCGGGAUGCAGUACAGAAAGUUGUGAAGGCGUACGCCAAGUUUAGCUCCACUCCCAAAUACAUGACAUAUAAUUAGACAAAGAGGGUAACUAGUUGUGAGUGUUGUUUUGAUGUCUUACCCUGGAUUUUAAGUUGUAGUCUGAGUAGACUACCAAGCGACAACGUGCGGCAUGUGAUUGUUGGAAAAUUGAGGUAAAAUUGUCUACUGACCUGA